AUGGCCAUGGGUCUUUUCACCCAAUCCGGACUGCAUUUCCCCAAUACGAUUGAUCUGCCUCAGGGUAGUACGCAAUGCGUAUGGGCCAAGAAGGGCGCGGGAAAAGAGAGUUGGGCGGGUUGCGAGGACAAAGUGCCGAGAGGUGCAGGGCCGGAGUUUGGAUUUGUCGGUCUCGUCCAGAGCCAUGACAUCAUGGUGCCGAGGAGCAAAACCUUAAAGAUUUCGAAGUGCAGCCCCUGGGAGCGGAGGAUAGGUGGUCAGGCCGGAGGCCGCGGGGCCCCCUUCAGCUUGUGUCGCGCCCAGCAGCAACGCGGCCGUGGUCCAAAGCACAUUACCCGCGUUUCAGGCUUGCCACGAGGGGACGCGGCGCCUGCACGGAUCCACUGCAAAUCUCCCGCUUACACGCACCCCACGGGAGCGCGCGUCAAAGCAAACGACGACGCUCGGAUCCGGACGAGUUGGAAAUUGCCAUUUAAGCGCGCCACUGCAACUACCGACAUGUUUGCCUCCGACCGCCCAAAGCAGCCAAGCGCCUGCAAUUGCCCGCAGACAAGGCGGCGCUGGUCGCGUUUGCACGGGUCUGAGGCGUAUACGUAUAGGGCGUCUGCUCUGCCUGCACCUGCACCUGCACCUGCUCCCAUUCCCCACAUCUUCGCCUUCGCUUGUGCCUGUGCCUGCGACCGGGUUUCAGGUGCGCCUACUUACUCCCACAAAGAGCCCGGCUAUAGCAAGGGCGGCCAUUAUCGCUCCAACUGCCCAAGAGACGACGGCACGUGUACCCAGAUGGGGGUCGCUUUGCAACCCCACUACCCACAGCACACUGCACGCCUAGUUUGGACAAGAAGAACACAACACAAGGAAGGCCGUUUCGCUGUGCCCCAUGCCUUAGCUUCUGGUUACGCCCGAUAA